UACGCUUCCCCAUCAUUUUCAGCAGCUGAGCCAUUAACACGCAACCAACUAACUUCACAGCUCCCCUGUCUCGAUAUAAUAUACCCUCCCCUCCCCUUGUUAGAAUGACAGGAAUCUACGCUACUAGCAACAAAGUAGUGUCUUCUUCUCUGUCCAACCAACGAUCAAAGACAGGACCAAACAAAGGACAAUCAAAAGCGAAAGGGUGGGAAGUAGGGGAUAGUAAAGAAGAAUUGAAGAUGAAAGAAGAUCAGCAGCAGCACCAAUACAGAAGGAAAUUCACUGGGCCAACGGUAUAUCUACUUCUCCUCGCUCUAUCCUACUCUUUGGGAUACAUGUCUGGUUCCUCUUCCUCCUCUUCCACCACCGCCACAAACACCAACAUCGCCACCGAGCAAGAGUCCCUCCACCUUCUUCAACCCAGAACCGAAAGUAAUCAAACUUUCCAAAAUACAGCAGAACCAAGCGGAAGAGGAAACAGUUGCACCGCCAUAUCCCAAUCCGAAACCGACCACUACCAAUUCUCCACUCAGUGCGGCGCUCCAAUCCCCUCGGAGCACGUCCGGCAGAAAAUUUUAGAUGGACUCUUCAACGGUAGCUCCCCCUUCGUGGGCUUCCCCCCACCGCACGCCGUUCCCUACCUCCGGCAGAAACGGAUAAAAGGCUGGGGCUCCAACGGUGCCGUCUUCGAGAACCUCAUCCGUAAAGUUAGACCCACGACCAUAAUCGAAGUGGGUACCUUCCUCGGGGCUUCAACCAUCCACAUGGCCCAGGUCGCCAAGGGACUCGGCCUCCACCAUACCCAAAUCAUCUGCGUCGACGAUUUUCGAGGUUGGGCUGGAUUCCGGGAUCUUAUCACGGGCGUACCGAUGAUCAAUGGGGACGUGACGCUGCUCUACCAGUUUAUGCAGAACGUGGCUCACUUUAAUGUCACCGAUAUGGUUCUUCCCCUUCCCUUCUCCAGUGCAUCAACUCUGGAAAAGCUGUGCGAGUAUGGAGUGUUUGGGGACCUCAUCGAGGUCGACGCCGGUCACGAUUUCCACUCGGCCUGGUCAGAUAUUAACCGGGCUUAUAAGAUCUUGAGACCCGGCGGGGUCAUCUUUGGCCACGAUUACUUUACCGCCGCUGACAAGAGAGGCGUCCGGCGAGCCGUGAACUUGUUUGCUCGACUGAAGAGCCUUCGAAUCCUGCUCGACGGUCAGCACUGGGUCAUCCACUCUGACGCUUAGUCUUGCCCUGUUCAUUACGCAGUCCUUUCGUUUACUUUGUCACUUAUAUUUGGUCGGUCCCUUGAAAAACAGAUCGACUUCCAAAAGUGUAUAGUCAUACUGUACGUUAAGAUACCAUAAUUCCCCAAGAAAAAGGAAAAAGAAAUAAUAAUAAUGGUUUCCCAAUAAGCAUAUGGGGCGUCUUAAUGUGGAAGGAGACUAGGAGAGUGAUGCCCACAGCAUGAAAUGUUAGAGGCUAUGGGAUCUCAAGUGUCAUGGAAAUUUUCCCAAAAACCACAAUUGUUAUUAUUUGGCUUUUGUUAAAUGUAAUAAAGAUUAUCGGACCAUUUCGAAUCGGUCAAA